CGCGGGAGCGGCGGCGGCCAUUGCCCGUGUCCGGGGCGGAUCCUGCGGGGAGCGAGCGCGGGAGAAAGGCGGGAGGAGAAGGGAAAGCACAUCCUUCAGCGAUGGACAAGAUUUACACAGACCCAAACAUAGAAAAUGAAAACACGGAGCACAUCAGAGGGAAGCGACUGUCCUCUAUUUUAAAGGCUCCGCGAAAUCCUUUGGAUGAUCUGGGAAAUGGGAACGAACUGACCCAGGAUAUUAACACAGAGAAACGAAGGAAGAGCUCGCGCCGGGUCAGCUUUGCCAACACCAUCAACUGCAGAGUCUUCCAGCGAGAUCUUAAGAACAGCAUAUCAGAGAGAGAAAAUAUAGAGUAUGAAGCAGAUAAGGAUGAUGUCUUUAAUAAGCAGAAUAAGGAAACCGAAGCUGUGUCGUGUGAGAUCACUGGGAUGAACACUUUGCUUCAUGCCCCCAUCCAGGCUUUGGUGCAGCAAACUGAGUGGCAUGAUGUGGACCAGGCUGUCCUAAGGGCGAGCAGGCAGGACACCACCCUACUGUUCUCGGAGGAGAACGCCAUGGAGAUGACAGCCAGUCACACGGCCCUGAUAUCCCGCAACCUCAGGACCCAGCAGGCCGACAGAACUGAGAAAAUAGACAUCACCUCCUUCCUGGCCGGGCUGAACUCCGGCCACGGCAGGGCAGAAACCAGCCAGGGAUUCGGUUCGCUCCCCGAGCCCGCCAACCACCCGUGCCCGUUCCCGGGGCAGAAGGAAGAGGCUCCUGCUGUAAAAAAAAUAGAUUUCAAUGAAUUUCUGCUGAGCCUGAAGUCCAGUGAGAAGGCACCGAGUCCUGCUGAGGGACCUGACAAGGAGAAUGUUUUCUUUGUCCCUUGCCAAGGCCCAGACAACGUGGCACUGUCGUCCGAGGGAUUUUUCUAUUCCCAGGAGCCGCUGCACACCUGCAACGUAACAGAAGUCUUUCAAGGACAAGAAGGUGGGAUGGAAGUGACAAAAUGUGAGGCAGCUGGUGUUAAGGUUCCAUUCCCUGGUGUUGGUGAGGCUCCUCCGGAGCAGCUGGAGUGUGUGGAUGUCACCCAGGCCUUCGUGGACGAUGGGAUGGACAUGACAACCAGCCACACUGCAAAAGUGUCCUUUCCCUGCUCCGGUGUUGGGAACCAAAGUCUCCACUUCCAAAGGGAUUCCCCAUCCACAGAGUUAGAUAAUUUUUUGUUGAAGGGAGCGUCUAAUCAGAAGCUGACUCAGCAGGACCCUCAGCUCUGUGCAGACAGGAAAGCAGCAAAUGCUGAAGACAGAGGAGCCCCUGCAAUGCUGAGAGGGGGGAGGCAGGAGGUCAGGUCAGUGUCUGCCGUCUGGGGAUCCGUGUCCUCUGAGACCGUCUUCCGAGGGGACAAAACUGUUGUGUUUUCUAAAUGUGAGGACAUGGAAAUGACUGGGAAUUACACAGACAUCAUCUACAACGACAGCACCAUGGGAAUGGACAGUUUGUGUCAUAAAACUUGUGAAAAGCCAGUGACCACGAACCCUGUGCUAGCAGCAAGCUGGCACCCAGCACAUGGGGACGGGGACAUCCCACAGGGUGUGACACCUGGAGAUUGUGGAGCUGCUGUGUCCUGUAAAACCAGUGCACUCGAACUGCCUUCAGCCUCAGGUGGACAUAUGGAAAACGUGGCCCAAGCUCAUGGUCCUGCUGCAGCGAAUGCUGGGUUUGGCUCACGUACAGAUCUGGGUGCUCCAAGGAGCAGGUUCCAUCCCUCAGCACAGCCUCAGCUGGUUCCUUCAGGUGAGAAGACAGUAAUAUUCCCAGGAGAAGACAUGGACUUGACUAAAGCCUGCGUUAAGGAAGAUGGAAAGAGUGUUGAUAAUGAAUCUCCCACUGCAGUGUCCACCUCUGUCACCUGCAAACCUCAUUUUCUGGAUAACAGAUCCACAGCUUCCAGUGGAGCUGAGCAGGAAGAAAUGGAAACAACGAAGUGCCACACUGUUGUCAUUGGUGAUCAAAGCAGUGGGACAACUGCAGAAACCAAACAAAUGCUCUGUGAAAUCGUUCCAAGAGAGAACCUGAACAAAAAUGUCAUUGAGGGUGCAAAUUCCGUAGAUGUGGACAAGGAAAAUAUUGAGGUGAUGAGUAUUGAUGGGAACACUGAAAGGAGCCAGGCUAUAGAAAUGAAUACUGAAAAUCUUCAGAUGAUCAGAACAAACAACUUCCAGGCAAGUGAUCUGAGUUCCUGUGCCAAGAGCAGGUUUUUGUUCCAACAGCAAAACAGAGGAGUCCCUGGGAACGCUGUCGCUGGCACAAGUGACAGAACAGUCGCGUUUUCAGGUGAUCAAAGCAUGGACAUAACCAAAGCUUAUCCUGCUGCCUUUGAUGUUGCUCCUGUGAACACAGGACAAGAAUCCAAUAAUAAUAAUAAUCACCAAAAUAAUGCAGUGUCCGAGCAGUUGCAAAACCAGCCCUUCCCAUUUUCCGGUCGUCUCGGUGUGGAUGUCACGAGUCAAACUGCAGCAAUGGAAAGUGGAGACUUGAACACAAAGCAAAUUGUUACUCCUUUGGCUCCAAGUGGUUCGUUUAUUUUCAGUAACAAGCCUGCUCCCUCUGGAAUGAGAGGAAACGAGCAACCUGGAACGGCCUUAGGAAUAAAUGCGGAUUGCCAAAACUCGGGCAGGCAAGAGAAAACCCACCCUGAGAGGGCCGUAAACAAAGCAGAGCCAACCCAAGUAGAUCCUGAGAGACAUUUUCCGACGGGUGAAACACUUGCUUCGGGAGAGGAUUUAAAACCUCCUCCUUCAGCUGAUGGGCUGCGAGCUGGGACAUCUCGGCCCUGGAGGGGAAGUUCCCAGCUGCCUCUGUUUGGAGGAAAGUCAGUUGUGUUUCCCUCAGGUGAAAGCAUGGACUUGACCGGAAGCUGUGUGAUGAUGGUUCCUGAUUACACCAUCAACGUUGUUCUGUCACAACCAGAAGCAGCACCUGAAGACCCAGAUAGAGGUGGAAAUAAAAUCAAGCCCUUAAAAAUGGUGCCCACGAUGACAGCGAAUAAUCGGGAGCAGCCUGUGGGACAGGAGGACUCCUCAGUAUCUGGCAGGAAAACGUUGCCCAUGAGCAGUUUAAAACAUUUUGCUGAUGAGAAAACCACCCUGUUUUCCGAAGGUGCCGACAUGGACAUCACCAGGAGUCACACGGUGUCAGCAGACAACAGAGUCAUUUUCCAGGGGAAGACUUCAGACGACGCCACAGCUCUGAUUUCUGGAGAUCAAACUUGUGUUUUCCCCUCUGACAUGGAAAUAACUAAACUUGAUCCCUCUGCAGUCAGUAAAUCCGUGGGGAAAGCUGCAUCUCAGGGGGUGCUCAGCACAGCUAAAAGGACUGGAAGGAAAAGCUUGAAGGGAACACCAGGGGAAAAGACUGUUUUGUUCUCCCUGAGCAAUGAGGACAAUGACAUGGAGAUGACCCAGAGCCACACGGCUGCCAUAGGCCACGAGAUUGUGCAGGAUGAGGGAGGGCUCCAUUCCCUCUCUUCAGCUCAUCCUGUGAGGAGUGUUAUGUUUACAGGGAGCCAGGCUGAUGUGGGCAUUUCCAAGUCUUUCUCUGCUGAUAAAACCACAGGAAAAGUUGCAUGUGGUGUUCAGCCAAACUCUGGUGAGGAGGCUGGACUUCUCCACAGCCGAGUUACCGUCUUUGCUGAGGAGGACAUGGAAAUGACCAAACCCUGCCACAUGGCUUUGGCAGAGAAACCCCUGCAGGGCUGGCAGCCUGUUCCCUCCACCUCCACAAUCCUGUUCUCCAGUUGUCAGGAUGCCAUGGAAGUGACCGGUUCUCACUCCGUUCAUCCAGGUGUUGGAGGAGACCUCUGUGAGGACAGAUGGAUCCCGACGGAGCAGGGUGGGCAGGAAGCUGCUGCGGGGGGCAAAACAGUCAUUUUUGCUUCGGCUGAGGAUAUGGAGAUCACCAAAACUCACACAGCACAGGACCCACAACCCCUUCCAGCCAUUCCUGCUGAUAAAACUGUUGUGUUUGCCCUCCACCAGGAUGACAUGGAGAUCACUGCAUCCCAUACUGUUGCUGUUAACAACGAUAUUGAUGGAUUUGAGGGCCACACGAGCACUCAGCACUCACCGCAGCACACACACACUGUGCUGGGGCCUUCCAGGGGUGACAUGGAUCCCUCACAUACCAGAGGCCUGAAUGGUGAAUAUCCCACAAAGCCUAAGGAUCAGCCCAGCAUUGCCUCUUCUGCUUCAUCAACCUCAGCGUUUCCUGAUGAGAAAGGAGCCACCAAGGCCCCAAGUGGCACAACACCAGAUUCCGUUCAUUCUGUCUCACUUCCAGAGAAGACUAUGGAUGUCCAGGCACCACGGGAUUGUGACCUUCCCACAGGGAAUUCUGUCCCUCUAAGCAGGGAGCAGGAUCUCACACAGCCAGAAAACCUGCAGUCAAAGGGAGCAGCAUCUUUGGACCUCCUGGAUAAUGGUCCUGUGGAUUGCAGAGAGGGAAGUGGCGAUUUGGAAUCCCCUCUUGCCUUUCCCACCCAGGGAUCAGACCCUUUGAAGGGUUCCCCAGAUUCUCCUGGUACUUGGAGAGGCCAGGUAGUGAAAGAGGAUUUGUCUCAGCCUGGAAAUUCAGCUCCAGAUUUGGGCUUGGCUGGAGCAAGCCUCGUUCCAGCUGCUGACAAGGAAUCCAAGGAAAAUAAGGAGCCGUCAGCCGAAGGGGAGACGCCUCCACAAGACUUCCAAAAAAACUCUGAACAAACCGAGCAACCUUUGGUCAGUGACAGUCUUUCACCAGAAUUAAUGGGUAUUUUAAAUGUUUGUUCAAAGCUGAAGGAUCUGAGGAGGAAAUCUGCAGCUUUCUCCGUUUCCCAAACUGCUUUUCCUGACCAGGCUCAGCCAGAGGAUACCUUGAGGUUGGGAAACCCCACUGUCAGUGAAGCAAAUAACUCCCCUGAGCCAUGCAAAGAGCAAGAGAACACAGGUCUGGAAUCUGGAGCUGCUCCCCUAGGCAUGGCACCUCAGGAUAAAUAUCCAGGAAUAAAUAUCCCUCUGGGUAUUUUCCAGCCUAAAUUGCCAAACAGGAGAAAUUCUUCUGUUUCCACUGUACAAGACAUAAAUACUAAAUCUGACAGAGCUGAGCCCCCAGUUCCAGUAAAUACUGGGGAAACCCCAGGAAACAAAUCCACCAGGCAGAACUUCAGCCCCUCUGAGUUCAUAGCAGAAGAAUUUCUCCCUGUGUGCCUGGAAGAAAUGGAUUCCAAUGAAUCUGUCAGUUCUGAACUCGUGGAAAAGGUUUCUGAGGGGAUAAGCAAAAAACAAAUCUGCCACCAGGAAGAGGAUCUGUUUGAAGAGACAGAAACUCACAACGCCAAAAGAUCUUUGGAGCAAGAUAAGGAGGAUCUUCAAAGCCCAAAGAAGGUCAAGAGGGAUGAAAAUGUGGAUGUUGAAGCACAAGACUUGCAGGUUACUUUUGCUGCUGUGCCUCAGAACCAAGUGGGAGUUGAUGAAGGUGGAGAACCUCCAGAUCUCUCAGCUAAAAGCCCUGACUGUCCUCAAAGCAGUGCCAGCAGCUCCCUGGACUCUGUUAGGGCUGACACAGAAUUAACAAUCCAGCCCAGCAGUCACAUGGAGUCCCAGCUUCUCACAGACAGCAUUUGUGAAGACAACUUAUGGGAGAAAUUUCAGAGCGGUGCCGUCACAGUUGGGGAGUUUUUUACCCUUCUCCAAGUCCACGUUCUGGUUCAGAAGCCCCGGCAGAGCCACCUGCCAGCCAACGGUGCAGUGAGUGCACCUCCUACCCCAGAGGAUCUCAUCUACAGCCAGUAUGUUCACCGGCCCAAGCUGCGGAUUUAUGAGGAGGAUUGCCAGGCCCUGUCUCAGAAAAUAGAGGAGUUAAAAACAUAUGCAAAUGUCCAGGAUCAGCCCCUGGUGAAUGUGAACAGGAGUUUGUGGGAGGUAAUGAGAACCUGCUCUGAUGAAGAGCUGAAGAACUUUGGAGCUGAACUGAACAAAAUGAAAUCCUAUUUCACCAAGGAGAGUAAAAUCUUGGCUCACAAUGAGAAGGAGACCUUGUACAGCAAACUGGUGCAGAGUGCCCAGGAACAACACGGGAAGCUCCAGGCAAGAAUAGAAAAGGUGGAUGAGCUGCUGAAGGAGGCAGAGAGCUGCCUGGUUGCUCUGGAAUCAGAUUCUUUCUGGCAUCAAGAGGAUGAAGUGGAAGGAGGGCAAAGCCUACAGAAAGAACUGGAAAGCCUUAGAGCCCAAGAAGAGGAACUUCAGAGAGAACUGUCAGCGAUGGAGACUGAGGAUGAGCAGAUGCUGGUUCAGAUGGAUGAGCUCAAGAAGGCUGAAAAAAGCUGUCAGGAAAUCCUGGAGAAAUACGACUUCACUGAGUGGGAGAUUAUGGAAUGGAGUGAGCAGCAGGCAGUCUUUCAUUUUCUUUAUGAUUCUGUGGAGCUCACAGUCGCGUUUGGACCCCCAAUAGACGGUGAUGAUUUUGGUGUAGAUCCUUCCAGAACCAUCGUUAGCCUGAACUUCGAAUGUUUCCUGGAUGUGGAACAAGCUCCACCCUCCUCCUGUUUAGUCCAAAGGCUCAUCUUUCAGUUUAUUGAAAGUCAGGGAAGCUGGCAGAAAAAGUGUCCCACGCUGUACUACUUGCCCCAGGUUCUCCAUGACAUCUCCUUGGUGGUGAAUCGUUGCAAAAUCUUGGGAGAGGAGAUGGAAUUUCUGGAGAGAUGGGGUGGAAAAUUCAAUCUUCUCAAGACAGAUAUCAAAGACACAGAGGUGAAGCUUUUGUUCUCCGCUUCUGCAGCUUUUGCCAAGUUUGAGCUGACUCUCUCUCUCUCUCCUGACUAUCCAUCUGCUCCACUUCCCUUCAGUGUACAAACCCACAUCGGGAAUAUCGGGAAGGAGGAAAUUUCUGCUGUUCUUUCCAGUGUUCCAGUUGGUCACCACUAUCUGCGGAGAAUAAUCACCCUGAUCCAUCAGAACCUGCUUCAGGAUGCCAGAUGACCUACUGGAUGCAUGGGCAGGACUGAAGUGGUUGGAAUGGGUAGUCUUUGAGUUUAUUCUUGUGAGAAUUCCAGCUGUCUCUCACCGGAAUGGGAAUGCUGUUACCCCCCCAUCUCUAGUAUUUCCGCCUAUUUAAGUAUUCUUGUAGUUUACACCAAGUAUUCUACUUGGAGUAGAUCACGAGUUUUACAAAAGCAGAGGUGUCUAAAGAGGAGAAGGAAGAAAUUCCUAUGGCCUUUUAUGAAUUCAAGCUGCCUUUUAUCUACUCUCAGUCACUCCAGGGGAUCGUGGCCUCCUUGGAAUGUCAUUCCUAAUGUGCAUAUUCUUAUGCCAUAGCCAGCCUCUUGCUUUAGUUCUGGGGUGAUUCUCAAAGCCCUUGGACAAAGCAAUGAUGAGGAUUCUCUAAAUUAACUAGGCUGGAGUUUCCUUUCACUGUCAUGAUUUCGUUAUCCAUGUACAAUUCAACAGAUCCCACCAGGUCUGCUCUUUAUCCGUCCCCUGGAGCCUCUCCCAGUCCAGACACUAUAUCCCUGCAUCUGAUUCAUUAACCAAUUAAACUGUAGCAAUUAACCAUGUGGCCAAAGUCAGAAAUAUUUUUGGAAUUAAGACUAAAAAUCCCUGUGCUUGGCCACUGACUUUGGGAUGGAACGGCCCCAAAGCCGGUGGUGUGACUGAAGUUUGUUCUGAGGUUCAGUGUAAGUCCAGCACAAUCUGGGGGUGCGGGUGCAUUGUCCCAGUUUGGAAUGCCUUGGAACUUUUAGUGAGGAGACAGAGCUCCUUAAGUUUAGUAAUAUCUGUAAGAUCUAGCUUGAUUUUGUAUAUAUUGUAUAUAUUAUGUGGUUUUUGCUGUUGGAUCUGGUCUCUCCCUGGCUGAGUUACAGAGCAGAAGCACCAACCCUGGCCCAGCUCUCAGUUCUCCAGCUGCAAAUCUUCAUGCCCUGUAAAAUAUGAUGAAUUUAAGAAUGUUUCCCUGUGUUUCAGUUUUUAUAUAUUUUGUCUUUUUACAAG